CAUUUCUCUGAAUAUCACUGGCAGUUAACAACAGUCGAAGUCAAUACAAGCCUAGAAAUACUGUGCCCAGAAGGUCUCUCUGGCUCUGCUACCUGGUUUUGUUUACCAGAUGGACUCUGGGCGACCAUGCCAGACAUAAGUAACUGCAGCAGAAAAGUGUUUGAUGCAGUGACAUCAAAAUUAGAAAAUACAAUUCUACAGCAGUUAAAAUUCUGACAACAGCAGCCCAAGAACUCUCGAUGAUUGAUCUAUGUGCUGGGGAUAUCUUUGACACUGGGAAGCAGUUGAUAGAGCUCAACACGAAACAUAAGGAUGACCUGAGCAAGAUAAAGAUCCAGAAAGAAGAGAGAAAGCUGGCCAAAAAAUUUCUAGAUGCUGCAGUGAAGGCCGCUGAAAACACCUUGAGGGACUCAGCUGUGUGGAAAGACUUGCAGGAAAACAAACGUGUUUUAACAUCCACCAACUUUCAAGAAGGCCUCUACAAGGCAGCUGUUACAUAUACUGACUAUCUUCACAAUGAAACAAAGGAAAUCAAUAAUGCAAAAGUUGUAGUAAGUGUAGCCAAUCAGCCUACAACUUAUUUCAACGACCCCAAUAAAGGAGUUUUUGUGCACCCAGAGUCUAAUCAUACAAGAAUUAUUCUUCCGAGUAAUUUCUACAAAGGCUAUCAGGACCAAAACGAUUGUGUCAAAGUUAUUUUUAUGGCUUUUCAAAAUUUGAACUGCAUAAACAAUUCUCUCCCAUGUUUUCCCGAUGAAGCAAAGUCUGAAGACGAUAUGCAAGCUGCCGCUCAAGUCAACAGUGCCAUUAUUGGUGCUAAAAUUGGUGAUGCCUCAACCUGGUAUGCCUCUGAUGGGGAAAAUGUGGUCAUUCAGUUUGAACAUAUCUACAAUGGCACAGCUUAUAGACUAAGUGGAAGUAGAUGUGCAUGGUGGAAUGUUACUGGAAAUAGUUGGGAGAGCCAAGGUUGCUCUGUAAAUGCUACAAACGACCACUUCACUGUUUGUCACUGUGACCAUCUCACCAAUCUUGCAGUCAUUAUGGAUAUUGGCAGUAGACUUCAGAGGGGCACGGUACCAUAUGAAGUAAUGCAGCUGAUAACGAUCAUUGGUUCCAGUGUGUCUAUCUUCAGCUUGCUAUUGUGUAUUCUGUGUUUUGCGCUGUUCAAGAAAACAACACAGGGGAAGAUAAAAGGCCACAACUUCUCCCGCAUGAACCUCUGCAUCUGUCUUCUGUUAGCAAAAGUCGUGAUGCUUGCAGGUCUGGAUGCCACAGACAACAAACCCGCCUGUACCAUUGUGGCAAUUAUCCUUCACUACUUGUUCCUGGCUAUGCUCGCCUGGAGUGCAACUGAGGCCUAUCAUCUAUACAAGAAUUUCUUCUUGAUAUUCAACAGAGAUGGGUCGAGGAAAAGAACAUUUUUGGUCGUGGGGUACGUGGGACCUCUGUUCAUCGUGAUUGUCACAUUCAUUCUCUCAAAUUAUAAUGGCCAUUGGACACACAAAGGUUACGGGACGGAUCAAGCGUGCUGGCUGAGCGACAAAUUGAUAUGGUCAUUUGCUGGAGUAGCUCUUCCAGUACUACUGGUGAACGCAUCCUUGUUCGUCCUGACUAUGAAGAAGGUUUGGGAAAAGAGACGCCAAGUGAAUAAAUCUAUCAUUCCAACGCUUGCAGGAUCCAUUUCGAUAUUUCUCUUUCUCUGUCUCACCUGGCUGUCAGGCUAUUUCUACUUCGCAGAAGGGAGUGAGCCAGCUGCAGUUUUAUUCACAAUUCUGAAUGCAUUUAUUGGAGUUCCCAUGUUCGUCUUCUCCUUUCUUCUGGAUAAUUCAAGGACGGGUCAAGUGAAAAAAACGACGAAGAAGUGGAACGAACAGACCCAAGGAUCUCAGCUAACAAGACACAACCACCAGAUCGGGGAAAUUGUUUCCAGCAAUUUCGACGUCAAAAGGAGGAAUAUCACAGCGGCCACAGAACACAGUAUCAGCGCCUCCGUCACUGAUGGAGCAGCGUGGUCAUCAUCCAGUGGUAGUUCGACUCCUUCUUCGGAGCAAACUUACUACGAAAACGGCUCUUCUAACUACGACCCCUGUGGAAACUGUAGUACUAGUUCAGGGGUGACCGUUUCUUCUAGAACUUGCCAGGAAGAUCGUGUGGUGACAGCCAUCGUGCAUUCAGGAACAGGCAGCUCUGGAAGUUCCGUCACAUUAGCGCCAGGCGCGAUAAGUCUACCAGACAGCGAACCAAGAGUAGAUGAUUUCAGCAUAUGCGAAGUCAUAUUGUCACCGUCGAUGUUCGCGCCAUCGUCUCAAGAGUCUUGUGAUGGCGAGGAUAUGGCCGUUGACGCGGUAAUCUUGGCGGGAAAACUAUCUUAUCUUUCGCCUACACCCUACCGUCCUGAAGUUAGUGUAGCUGUAGCUGGUGAGAAGAACUGGGACUGUUUGGAAAUGCAGAGAAACUCUCAGUGGGGAGAACGGCGCUGGUGAAGGGGAGAUGAUAUUUUACUUUAAGAAUAGCACUGGACUUGUCGAGUCAGGAAUUUCCACGACAAUCGUAUUUCAAUCUUUCCUGAUUCUUUGUCUGUCAUUAGGCCUAGUUUUGGGAAACAAAGUACAAAACUUCAGAUUGUACCUGUUAAUGAAAUAUACGAGCGUGUAAAUGAAUAAAUAAAUCAAUCAACUUCCAUAGCCUGUCUUUAA